CGCUGCUGCUGAUUGUUCUUGUCAUUCGAGAAUUUUGCCGUGCCUUCGCCAUAUUUAUGUUACUGAAUCACAGACCUAUUUUUCAAAGGUUAAACCCAGUUUUUAAGUGUUAAUCAAUUCAGUGUUGUUAAAUUUGGAAACCACAUUUUAAACUACAAAAAUGGAAGACCAAGGAGGAAGCUCAGGCCCUAGAGUAAGCGAUAAACGUUUGGCGCAGACUCAAGCUAAAGUCGAUGAAGUUGUUGGCAUUAUGCGCGUUAACGUCGAGAAAGUUUUGGAAAGGGACCAAAAAUUGUCAGAACUAGACAAUCGCGCGGAUGCUUUACAGCAUGGAGCAGCGCAGUUUGAACAGCAGGCUGGCAAACUGAAACGAAAGUAUUGGUGGCAGAACCUAAAGAUGAUGCUAAUUAUGGGUGCUAUUGGGGCAGUUCUACUUAUCAUAAUCAUUGUGUGGGCAACGUCCGGGUCGGGCGGCGGCACUACGGCCGCGCCGGUCACCGAGGCUCCUGCCGCUGGCGCAGGCCGAUAGUCAUCAAAACACCUAUAAACCUUUGAUAUGGAUACUUAUUUAUGCUGCUCUAUACAUAUAAAAAAGCGAGUUUUAUAACAAAAUGCGACUGAACAGUAUGUAAGAAAUCUAUAUUUUGUAAUUGAAAUGAUUAACCAACGCACACAUAUUCCUACUAUAAGAUAUACACCUUGGUAAACAUUUUGAUAUUUUUCUAUAAAUUGUAUUGAAAGUAACUGUUGAUGUACUGUUAAAGUGGAUGUAAUUCACUCAUAAAAGACUUGUUUACAAAUUGUUAUAUGUCUAAAGAGAAAUAGUAAAGUUAAAUUAUCAAGUGUUGCUUUUGCAAAACUUUUGUAAGUUUACAACAGUUAUAAAUAUGUAAUUUAUAAAGUGGCCAACUAUUGUACAGAAUCACUUUGUGAUAAGUAGUAUUAAAGAUAAAGAUUAUUAUAAUAUUUCAAAGCCUAUUUUACUAGCUGGUUUGGGUUAACAGUUGAUACAAAGAACUGAUAUUUAACUGCACAAUAAUUGUAAUGUGUAACUAAACAUUGAAUGUGAUUGUACUCCUUGCUUAAAGAGGAAAAAGCCUAUGUAAUCACUGUUGCAAAUCUAAUAUAUAUUAAUUAUGUCUUUCUUAUCAAUAUGUUAUAAUGCAUUUUCAAAGAUUACUAAUUUUAGUGGCAGUUGGGACCAACUUUGCGCUUAUAUUGCACAGCAACUGAGGUCAAGUUACUAAUUGGGUCUUGUCAGUAAACCUGUUCAAUGUUGUAUGCAAAGUGUAUGUAAUAUCAUAAUCUUAGUUGUUUUGUAUUCUUUAAGAAUUAAUAAAUAUAUGUAUUUCUUCAA